UUCGUUCAAACCCUACGACUCGUUUCUAAAAACCUCUUCCAGAUAGCUACUGUUCCAACUGUAAUUGUUAAGACGGAUGCGAGUCAUUAACAAACAAAGUACUAUAUAUAUUAUAAAAAAAGCAUUGUGAGCUUUCGAUAUCAUUCUUUAGACAAGGAGGUUACGUGUUUGUUGAACUGCCAUUAAGUCUCUUAUUUCAGUUUCACUUUUGCAAACGAAUCAGGAAAUAAACGCAGCAUGCAUGAUCCUACAAGCCUGUGAAGUUUAAGAUAUUAUUUUCUCAUAAAGUGUUAGAAAUCCAAGCAGGUGUAAUGAUCAGCGAUUAUGGAAAACCGUCAUGACGAGAAUGCCGCGAACCACUCGACCACCCUGACGAAUAAACAGCGCGGGAAUGAGGUCACAGUUCGACCGGCCACUUUAGAUAACCUCUCAAUUCAUCAACUCGCAGCCCAUGGAGAGAUUCCACAACUGGAGAUACAUUUAUCCAAAGACGGUUCUCUACUUAACAAUCAAGAUGAAAGAGGUUUCACCCCACUGAUGUGGGCUGCCGCAUUUGGAGAGAUAACAAUGGUGGAGUUUCUCCUUCAGAAGGGAGCAGAUCCAAAAACACUUGCUCGAGAACGGGAAAGUGCCCUGUCUCUGGCCAGCGCGGGAGGAUUUGCAGAUAUUGUUAAUAUUCUUUUACAACAAGGUGUUGAUAUUGAUUCCUAUGACUGGAAUGGUGGGACCCCACUUCUGUAUGCAGUUCGUGGCAAUCAUAUGAAAUGUGUUGAAGCCCUGUUACGAUGUGGAGCAGAUAUUACAUUUGAAGCAGACUCUGGAUACAGUCCUGUUGCUCUCGCUGUUGCUUUGGGCCACAAAAAAGUUCAAAAACUUCUUGAAGAUCACAUUCUGAAGCUGUUUCGGGGACCAGUUUCGGUGUCUGAGAACACAUGAAGCACUUAUGAGACCUUUUAAUAAUCCUGCGUACUAUGUAGCUUUAUUUUGCAUGGAAGAUGUAAAGAAGAAUCUGUUUUUCUAUUUUUUUUUUAUUAAAAAACACUUUUACAAA